AUGAUUAUCUCUCAAACUCUGUCGUUUCUCGCCUUAGCGGGAGCUUCUUACGCAAGGUGGAUUGUUCCUGCAGCUCGUUGGUACGAUACUGAUGGCAACAGAUUCAAUGCCCACGCAGGUGGCAUAUGUCUUGACCAGGAUACCGAGACGUUCUACUGGUUUGGCGAAUACAAGACCUCGGAGCAUCCCGAGGGUGGUGGUAUAUCCGUAUAUAGCUCCAAAGACCUUGCCAUUUGGAAGUCUCAUGGACUAGCGCUAGGUAAGGCUACAAUCACGCUUCAUCUAGUUCGUUAUGUCAUUAUCUUUCUUAUUAUCAUACUUCUUCUUGCUAUUCUCAUUUCUGCUACCUCACACCCUCGAGUCCGCAUCUCACAAAUGGAACGCUUAGCUCAUUUUGGUCUGGCUCUAGCACCGAUAGAAGGCCAUCCUUGGCUUUCACCAACAGGGAACCGAAUUCAAAGGCCCAAGGUGGUGUAUAGCGAAGAAACAGGCAAAUACCACAUGCACUGGCACGCCGACGACAAUAAAUACACCAAGCUGCUCCAAGGCCUAGCAACCUCGGAUAACAUUGCGGGACCCUACGAAUUCCAACACGCAAUUGCCCCCCUUGGAAACUGGUCUCAAGAUUUUGGCAUCUUCACCGACUACAAGGAUGGUCAUUCAUAUGCGCUCUAUUCUAACGGCGAUCGUGUCGAGGGCCGCGAUGUGUACAUCACUCGUUACAAUAGUAAUGUCACCUUACCCGAAGAGGUUGUUUACCGCUUCCCGAAGUUCGACCUGGAAGCUCCAACGAUCAUCCAAACGGAGCAUUCUUACUACGCAAUCAUGAGCCACAAGACUGGAUACAGGCCGAACAACGUCGUCGCCUUUCGGGCUGACUCUCUCGCUGGGCCAUGGUCUAUGCCUUUCCUCGCAGCACCGCCUUACACACGAAGCUUUAGCACGCAGUCGAGUUUCACAUUACGUAUCAAAGGAACUAAGAAGACUUCUUACCUUUACAUGGGAGACACCUGGGACUCACUCGACCACUCAGAGAGCCGAAACACAUGGUUGCCUAUGGAAAUCGACGAUCGAAAGGGUACUUUGAACAUUGUAUGGCAUAAUAUUUUUGAUUUAAAUAUCAAAACGGGUGAAUGGAAACCUGUAGAAGGCAGGACAUACUGGGCUAGGAAUGCCCAAACGACUGGUAACGCUUAUCUCCAGGAAGCCAAUUUCGCCGGAAGCGGUGUGAUGGCAACCGGAAUAUUCGGUAACACCAGUAAGGUCGUCUUUGAAGUUGAUGGGGAAGGUAAAGACCAAUGGGUCUCCUUCCACCACCAGAAUAUCGACGACAUGGGUUUCGGCGAUCAACCUGGCGGAAAUCCUGACCGCAUUAAUGGCACUUGGACGCUUCGGCGCAUCAGCAGCGUUAUUGUCAACGAUGAUGAGUCUGCCGUCCACACUCUAUACCAAAAAGAUACACACAAGAGCAUUAUUUUGUCUUCGCCACUACUGCUUCCUUUAAAGAAAGGCAAGAACAAAAUUGCCAUCGGCGGUCUGUUCAACGGAAAGAAUUACCAUGGUGCUGAUAUCGAGAAACUCAUUGUUUAUCCGCCGGAGAAGGUUUAA